GAGUAAUAGGCCAUUCUGACGGUGAAGCUCUUGGGGUCUGGAGAUUGACGACGAAGGACGAUGAGGUGGCGGACUGCGCUGAAAACGACGAGAAGACGAGAGUUUGAGUGCUGGACGUCUGGAGAGAGGGAGAUCGGAGCUUGAAAGAGUAUACUUAUCGAGCAAUUCGUUGUUGCUGGAAAGGAGGAGGAGGAGGAGGAGGAGGGAGGCGUCUGGUCUGCCCGAUCUCCCAGGAGGAGUAUGAGCUAUGGCGAUGCUGCCACAGCUUAUCCCUCCUUUCCGUUACGCGAUUGUGGAGGAGUCCUUCUUCAGAGGAGCGUAUCCGACCAUCAAGAAUUACAGAUUUCUGAGGAGGCUGCACUUGAAGACCAUCGUGUCCUUGACUCCCGAACCUCAUCCCAAUCGAGACAUGCGUGAAUUUUGUGAGCAUGAAGGCAUAACGAAUCGUCACUUCUACGUGGACAAGUUCCAGGAUGUUGUGACUCUCAGCAACGCUAAGGUAUUGCAGAUUUUGCAAAUAAUCAUUCGUCCCGAGAAUUUACCACUUUAUCUCCACUGUCUUGACGGAACGCACGUUGCGGGUCUAGUGGUGAUGUGUUUUCGGAAGCUCCAGAGUUGGAAUUUAUCAACUUCAGCAGCCGAAUUCUGCAGCUUUCAAAAGUCAGGCGAAAUAUCGCGUGAGGAGUCGCAGUUUGUGGAAGCCUUCAAAGGAGAAAUCGAAAUACCUCCUGUGAUUCCCAAUUGGCUGUGGCAGGGAGUUCGUACUGUCAAACACCCUACUUUCCGUUUGCGGUUGCUCCCAUCGCCUAUAAGCAACGAGCAUAAUGAAGAAGAAGUGGUCUCGCACAGCAGUAAAAAUGGAGAUCGUAUGUUUGAGAGUGGAAGUUUGCCGAAUUACCAGACGGGUAGUUUAGGCUCUACGAUUGGACUGGAUAGUAAUGGCAGGCAUCGGGGUGUCAAUGGUUUGGCUGCACUUGUCAAUGUGGGCGGUCCCUUGAGUAGGUUGACAAUAAGUGGACAGGGGAAUUCCGAUACCACAGGGGGUGGAGUGAUAUAUGGAGCCGGGGAAACCGAAGAUCGAGGGCGAUAUCGAGGUAGGACAAGAAGUAAAGGUUCAGGAUUGUUGUCUACGUCUGGAAAUGGACACGAGGAAAGUGGUGUGAUCGGAGGUGGGAGUGUCUAUAAGUCUCCGAAACUGAAAGCAUCUGAAAGAAAUGGGAAACGACGGGCAGUAGCGGUCGCAAGGUUUUCGCACGAUGGAUGGGGCCUCCAGUACACUGAACGCAAACGAACUUUGGAGGCUUUGGCGCUUGAAGGCUUGAGAGUUGUUGGUCCUGGACGUUCAUCCAAGUUGCCUGUACUUCCACGACGCUCACCUGCUCUAUCGCACAGAAAACCUCAUCCCUUCCAUACCAAAGUUGCAAUGCUCAAUACUGAGGAGUGGAACGUACAAAGGUGACUGCUACGUGUCAGUUGUCAGGAAAGGAGACAGCGCAAACGCAUCCCUGAUCGCGAGCAGGAAAUUAUUGAUUUUUCGACUCUAAGCAUGUUUUUGCUCUGAUUAGUUUCCAAAUCGGAGAAUAUGGGUUUUAUGGAAUGUGAGAUGGAUGUUGUCAUACUUCAUGCUUAGAAUAGUUAUACCUCGACGGUUGUGAAAUACUGUUGUGUAUCACGGUAAAUGGCCCGAUACACUCUUGUCCAUUAGAUUUGCACUUUAGACUUUUGACUUCAAGGCUUCACUAAGCGGCGCAGCACCUAGAAGUAGUAUUGAUCCUAUUUUCAAAGAUAGAGAAGGGUUAUCGUAGGAGUUGUAGUGGUCCUACGAUCACAGUUUGUGGAUCAUGAAGUUUUCUAGGAUGGUGACAUACACCGGCCACCUGGAAUUAAUCACGGUGGCCGGGCAUCUGCUAGUUGACAGCACUUCACUUCAGCCACGUUCAAGAAUUAUCUCUUUUCAGACAUGGCCGCUGAAGGGUUGAUGAGCAACGUUUGUAGAUAUAAUAAAGCGUAUCUGGCAUGAUGGUAUGCUUCAAAUGC